AUGACACAAGAAAAAUCAUUAAAUCCUAUGAGAGAAAUCAAAAUUCAAAAACUUGUUUUAAAUAUUUCAGUUGGAGAAUCAGGUGAUCGGUUAACAAGAGCAGCCAAGGUUCUGGAGCAGCUUUCUGGGCAAACACCUGUAUAUUCAAAGGCACGUUAUACUAUCCGUGCUUUUGGUAUUAGACGAAAUGAAAAAAUUUCAGUAUAUGUCACUAUUAGAGGCACUAAAGCAGAAGAGAUUCUUGAACGUGGUUUGAAAGUGAAAGAAUAUGAAUUAAAAAAAUCGAAUUUUAGUAAUACGGGCAAUUUCGGGUUUGGUAUUCAAGAACAUAUUGAUUUGAAUAUCAAAUAUGAUCCUUCUAUUGGUAUUUUUGGAAUGGAUUUUUAUGUUGUUUUGGGUCGUCCUGGAUCUCGAGUUUCAAAACGCAAGCGAUGUCGUUCUUCUAUUGGAUCAAAUCACAAAGUUACAAAGGAAGAUGCUAUUCGGUGGUUUAAAAACAGAUAUGAUGCAAUAGUUUUGAACCGUUAA